UACUAGAGACGAGGGGCGCUUCAAAACAUUCUAGUCUCGCGCUGACCGAAUCACUGCGUGUUGUUGACUGGAGACAGGAGAUCCAUCCUUGCAUCUCCAACGAGAAAUCAAGAGGGGUUUGUGAAAAGAACACAGACAUUGAAUUUAAAUUUUUAUAUAAUUUACCCUGCACUUGAUGAAAAUUCAGCGUGUUUAAAUCCAAAGCAGACGUAGCUGCAUUUACAAAGAGGAUGAGCGCGGUUACUUCUGGUUUGGGAACGGCUUCGUGCCGCUUUGCCCACUACUUCGUUGUAUGUGGAAUCGACACAGAGACUGGCCUGGAGCCCGACGAAUUAUCAGCGGAGGGCUUUGAGCAGAACCCCAUCCAGAGGGCUUUCAGGUCCAAGGUUCUGGCCCACUACCCACAAAGCCCAGACAGAGGGCCCCUCAACAUGGACGCCAUCAACAUGUUCUGCAUGCCCAGGGGUCUGUUGUUUCGGACUCAAGCAGACAGUCUGGAGCCUCAUUUCCACUCCUUCACAAUUUCCCGUGACGAUGGCACGCGUUGCUACGGCUUUGUCCACACAUACUACGAGGAGGUUAAGAGUGUCCAAAUCACAACGGCGAUGCACACUCUCUACCAAAUGCACCAUGUGGAGCACCACUCCUCGUCCUCCUCCGCCUCCGCCUCCUCUCCCUCCUCCUCCAGUCUGGACUCCCUGGCCAGCAGCACAGAGGAGGCGGACACUGAGUCCUCCUGUGUGGGCUGUGCCGGCUCCUAUGACCAGGAGAGGGACACGCUCUAUGUCUCCAAAGCCCUCUGCCUCCUCACUCCCCUCCCCUUCCUGCAAGCCUCCCGACACUUCCUGUCUCAGCUGCACCUGGCUGCUGCUUCCCCCUCGGCCCCGCCCCUGCCCCUGGAGAGCUACGUCCACAACAUCUUGUAUGAGGUGCCCCUCCCUCCGCCCGGACGCUCCCUGCGCUUCCACGGGGUCCAGGGGCCCAUCGUGGUCCAGCGGCCUGGCCCGGAGGAGCUGCCCCUGGGGGAGUACUCCCUGGGAGAGACGUGUGCCCUGCUGGGGGAGGAGGGCCUGGUUCAGCUGCUCACCUGCCUGCUGUUGGAGACUCAAGUGUUGCUUUACUCACAAGACUACCAGCGCCUGAUGACGGUGGCGGAGAGUGUGACCACGCUGCUGUUUCCCUUCCAGUGGCAGCAUAUUUACCUGCCCAUCCUGCCCGCUUCACUACUCCACCUACUGGACGCGCCUGUGCCCUUCCUCUUGGGUGUCCAGCGAGGAGAGGGCGCCACCCGCUCCUCCCUACACCUGGCUCAUGAGGCCAAAUUGUGUUUUGUGGACAUUGAUCAGCAUGGUGUGGAGCCUCCAGAAGACCUACCCCUGUUCCCCGACCAGGCAGAGCUGCUUCAGGAGCUCAGGGAGGUGCUGCUGCACUUUGGCCUCCCGCCACACGGGGCCCCCGCCACCACUCCCGCCCCAGCCCCUCCCUGCCUCAGCGGGCUAGUCCUGGAAGACCUGAUGGAGGACCAGCGCAAUGGGAACCUGGGUGGGGAGGAGCUGGUCGUGCUGGAGAGGCUGCAGGCGCUGGCCAAGAGUUGUGGAGUGGGAGGGGCCACAAACACUGGGGGAGGAGUGGUGCUAGGACGUCCGUUUGAGGAGGAGGAGCUGAGGUCGGCCAAGCUGAACGCACAGCUGAGGGAGGUGUUUGCAUGCCGCUUCUCAGCAAUGUUCAGCAGAUACGAUGAGUUCAUCAUCCAGAGCGUGUCAGACCUGGAGUCCUGGCUGAGCCACAGGGAGGGGAGCAGCUGCUUCGACAAGAGCGCUUUCCUGUCGGCCCAGCCUGCGACCCAUGUGCACUUCCUGUCUUCCUUCCUGGAGACAGCCAUGUUUUCCCACUUGGUGGAUGGGAAGGUGACGUCCCGCUGGGCUGGCGUGGAGCCUACGCAGCGAGUGUUUGACGGACGCCUUGAAAGGGAGCGGCUGUACAACCUGGAGGAUGAGGACCCUAGCAACCAUCGCUACAGGAAGUGCACCACACUCCAUGAGUCAGCCCAGACCAUCGAGCGGCGUCUGCUUAAGGUGGACCACACAGCCCUCCACCCCCACUUGCUGAACAUGCGGAUCGGCCAGGGCCGCCACCAGCCUGGCUGCUUCCCCCGUCUGCAGGCAGACGUUCUGGCGCAAGGCCACAACACCAACAAGUGGUCUGGUCGGGGUGCCACUCGUCGUAGGGUGGAACUGAGACCCCCCAUCACUGAGACCUCAGCACUGGACAAUGACCAGAGAGAGAAGCACACACUAGGAAGGAAGAACCUACAACAGUCCACGCUGCUAGACCCCUCCCCCCCGGCUGUCACUCAAACCCACCGGGACUUUGUGGAGGGGCUGCUGAGGGAGUGUUGUCUAAAGACCAAGCGUAUGCUAGUGGAGAGGAUGGAGGGCCAUGGUAUGGAGCAGGGCCAGGGUGAGGCUGGUAUUGCUGGGCUGCAGGAGAACACACUCAUACACGGCCUUUGUGACCUGCUGGAGAGAACCUGGGCACACGGAUUACAGCUCAAACAGGGGAAGUCAGCGCUCUGGUCCCACCUUCUUCACUACCAGGCCUGCCAGGACAAGAUGGAGCCUCCAGCCCCGUUCCCAGUAUCUGAUGGUGUGGGCCAGGGCAGGCUGGAGGAGGGGCCGGCUCACAGAGGGUCCUGCCUCCAGGAUAUGAGGUUCGUCCAGACCAUGAGUUCUAGUCUUUCAGAGGUGGGUAGGGCUCGGGCCUGGAUCCAGCUGGCUCUUGAGAAGAAGAUGCUCUCUCCACACCUCAAAGACCUACUGGCUAACCAAGAGCUCAUCAGGCAGCUGUACCAGCCUCAUGCGUUCCUGCUGAGUGAGGAGGAGAGGGAGCAGUUCCUGUUCCACCUGCUGUCUCUCAACACAGUGGACUACUACUGCUUCACACGCUGCUUCACCUCUGUCAGUACUCCAUACCGGGUGGUCAUCAUGCCCAUGAAGAAGCUGAGCAUUGCCAUGACGACAGUCACUCCGUGGGUGUGUGUGUCGGGGGAGCUAGGUGACUCAGGGGUCAGAAACAUCCCCAGGAACAUCCAGGAGAUCUACUUCCAGUGUAAGAACCUGGGUCGACUCAGCACUCUGCAGUUGGGUCAAGAGAACUCCGGUCUACUGGCCAAGUGUCUGGUGGACUGUGUUCUGGUGUACAAUCUCAUCACUGGACACGUUUAUAGGUUCCCCUGUGGCCGAUGGCUGGGUAAAGGCGUGGGUGACGGCAGCCUGGAGAGGGUCCUGAUAGGUCAGCUGGUGUCCCCAGGAGAGGAGGACACUGGAAGGGGGGCGGGGACUCCUCCGGAGCUGGGCUCACCAUCGCAGAGCGGACGCACUGGAGUGGGAGCACUGGGAGGCCGCAACAGAAUGACCUCAGCUGAGGUGCAGGAGACCCUGAGGGAGGCGGUAAACAACCUGAUUAAGCACUUCCACAAGCCAGAGCAAGAGAGGGGGAACCUGACAGUGCGUCUGUGUGGGGAGGUGGGCCUGGUCCGCUCUCUAGAACACUUUCUGUUACAUGGGUUUAAGUCCAGUCGCCUAUUCCAGAGGACAGUGUUCAUAUGGGACUUUGUGGAGAAGGCUGUGGUAACCAUGGAGAUGGCUGAUCAGAUGGGCGACCUGCAAGGUUCAACUGAGGUCUGGGACUCGCUGUGUCGUUAUGCCAAUGCCAUCAACAGCUCGCAAAGGAACAUUGGCAAGGAGGGAAAAUUCCAGCUACUGGUCUGCCUGGGAGUAAGGGACCGGCUGCUUGCUCGGUGGCUCCCCCUGCUGGCAGGAUGUCCCCUGACAGUGCGCAUGUACGAGGAGGGCGCCCUUCUCCGUGACGGCUCUGCUCUUCACGCACUCUGCCGUCUCCUGCACACCUUCCAAGACUUCAACAUCACUUUGGAGACGGCCCUGGUCAGGGGGGUGAAGCUCUAACCCUGUUGCCAAGGAUUGCGGGAUUUGGAGUUGCACUUCUCCACAGUCUGUCUCAAAAAUGGAGGCUACAGUCUUACCUCCAUUACGGUGUGGUGACAAAUCUACUGUGUGUAGAUAUGGGAAGUUAUCUGAGGGGUAGUUAGAUACCGGCCCUUGGAAUAUCUGUCAAUAGUGUGAUACUUUCAGAACUGUCCUAAUUAAGGAGAAAUAACAGAACGUCACAGCACACUAUUGAGACCCACCCAGGCCUGGUUGGUCUGACUCAGCCAAGCACACUAUUGAGACACAGCCAGGACUGCUUUGUAUGUUGUGUAUAAUUCUCACCUGACAGUUGGUCCUGUCGGGACAGGAAGUGAUCAGAAGGAACCAAGAGGGAGUUGGGAAGCCAAAAGAUCAGAGGAAGCCUUUCCUUAAAGCUUUCUGGUUUGACCUCGGAAGUGGACAUUUCUGUUUGUAUACACUGUGAUAUUCUGUGAUGGGGGGGGGGGGGAUGCACAUGCCCCCCCCCCCUUUCAACCUGCACCUUAGACUAGCUUCCCUCAAUGUCCUACUGUUGGCUCUGCUGCCACUGGAACUGUUAACUACUCAUGCAUGGCCAAACUGUCUUUCUGCUGUGAGCUACUCCAGCUGUGGUCCUCCAGUUACACAUGCUGUGGAUGGACAUGGUUGCACAGGGAUGGUUAAGGUUGAGUAGUAUGUCUGCUGAGAAAAUGUUUCCAUUCACACAGUCCUAAGAUAUGUUGUUUAUUAACUAUUGGAUAUAUUCUAUUUCCUGACUUGUUUGUAAAUCUGUUAUAACUUUAUGCGUCAAACUACAGGGUCUUAAUCGUUAUGCUAAUAAAAUACUGAAAAUGCUUCUGUACUACUUGUCAAAUAGUGAAUGUUAAUUUAUUAUUAAGGCUUUGGAGAAGUGUACAUUUAUCAUACUGUUUUACCAUAUCCAGAGAAGUGUACAUUUAUCAUACUGUUUCACCAUAUCCAGGCCUGUGUCCUGUUCUCUCCAUAACUAUGUUUGAUGAGCCACAAUUAAUUCAUAGCUGGUUGAAAAACUAAAUGGUUAUUGUGAUGAAAUUCUACUAAUCUCUGGUUGAACUGUUUUAAUUAAGAUAAAAAAUUGUCUCCUGAACUGCCCUGCAAGCACUCUCCCCUGCAUGACAUUCAGCACACUGACCAAACAUAUUAUUUAUUAUUAUCAUCAUCAUCAUCAUCAUUUGUUUUAUUGGUGUUGGCGUUAUUGUUGCUAUCUGAAUGUAGAUUAGGUUCAGCUAAAUAAUCUGUUAUUCUCUGUAUUAACAAUGUGUUAAUUAAAGUAUAUAGUAAAAUGUG